AGACACUUUACCAUUACACUAACGAGAUGGGUGCAGCAGGUAUCGAAGAAAGUGGCAUGAUUAAGGAAUCUACGGAUACAAAAAACGACGCAAUAUUUGGCCCUGGUAAAUCAGUUACUAGUUGUUGACUUUUAUAUUCUUUCUCAUCUUGUACCAAGGCAGUUCAGGCGCCGAACUUAACGUGACAGACAUACUUAUUCAAUGCAUGUGGCUUACAUGUGUACAUUGAAUUGAGUACAUGGAAAGUUCGGCGUCUGAAUCAAUAAGUAACGCUUAUUACAAUUUGGAACGGCUCAGCCAUUCUUCCCCCAUAGCUCGGCCGGUAAUUUCGACUUAAGAGAUUCUUUGGAAAGGCUUAGACCACGAAACUUUUCAUGUGCCCAACCCAAGUAUAAGUUAUAACAACGUAUUUUGCAAGCAAUGUGACCGAAAUGAGAAGCAGUUUGACCGAAAUGAACAUUUUUCUCGUUUUGAAUUUAGUUCGGCUGGAAUUAAGAUCGGCGUCUGAAUCAGUUCAGUCGGUCUAGUGAAUAAUUAACAAAUAGUCCGAGAUAGCGAACCAAUCAGAUUGCUUAAAUCACCAAGAUCACUGAGUGUGUAUAUACUAAUUUGGGUUGGCCGUUAUUUCUAAUUAGGUUCGGCUCAUGAAAAGUCCGGCAUCUGAACCGGGCCCAAAACGUAGACUUAGUUUACACUAAGUAAAGAUAUUAAAGAUUCUAGGCCAGUAUUUUAGUUGCACUGAUUGCGCAAUCCAUCACGUUCUUCGGAAGUCUGUGAAAACGUUUGCCAGCUAGGUGUAAACAUUCGAUUUCAGCAGAUAUUGCAGAGAAGAAAAGCCCGGGGGGAUGGGGGAAGCUACUCCCUGGAAUUGCCUUAACAGAGCCGAGGUUCCUCCCAAAAAGGGAACUUUUUUUGAGCCUUCUUCGUUCAUUAACUUCUUUUUCAAUGGAAGUAACACGAAAUGGUUACCUUUUCUGUCUAAUGAAAGAAUAUAAACAAUGACGGGUUGGACCUCGACUGGGGCGGAGCCUUCUCGUAUAAAACUUUGGUAAGUAUAUAUCCACCAUGGGAAACAGUCUUGAGAACUUUCUUCCUAAAUCAUCGGCUGUUGGUGUCAAAAUCCUCUUCAGAACUCAAUUUUUAGUUGCCAUAAGAUUUACAAAUUUUACUCACCUGAUCUCUCCGGAGAAGCUUGUUGUUAAUUUUAUCGUUGAGGUUUUGGUCAAUCUAGUCAGCGAGCUAAUAACUGUGCUCUGUCCACACUUGAUUGGAGAUGAAGAGCCCUUAAAAGUUAACUUCUUCAAGAACUGAUCAAUACUCACGAGAUCGUCAGGUAUUUCUGCUUUUCAGGUAGAAAUGAAGCCGAAAAGAAAAAAAAACAUUCGUUUUAUCUUGCCUACUCGUGAAGUUAGCCUUUUAAUAAAGUCCGCCGGGAAGCGCAUGUGGAUUUAUUUUACACUCACUCUGGCAAUUUUAUGGAGACUAAUUGUCUGGAACUGACAGAGACCAACGAUUUUUGCUGCUAGUCUAUUAAAAGUAUUAUUUUCAGCAGUGUUUUUUUGACAAUGCGCUCAGGCACAUUGAUUUUAACAAUUGCAGAGGGAAAUGGUAAAAGUUUUCAGGUAAUAAUCGCACGAAUAAGGUACAGAAAUCUACAACUUUGCUGUCACUGCUUAAUUAUACUUGCUGUUUACGACCAGUUGUGUAGCCUGUUCAGAGACCCUCUAUUAUCUCCUAAGAGAUCGCCGAAUUGUUAAAAAAAAAAGUAAACAUCGUCUGUGGACAGGCUACCAGUUGUGCUGCUUGCAACCAGGGGAAUUUCUGAUCGCUGCUCUUGUCAGGCGACAAAUGUUCGGCCAGCAGUAAAUGUCAGUUUGUUCCACGUGACCGAGUUUUCACUUCACUUGUUUUAUUUUUUCUAUUUACACAAAUUUCACUUAUAAAAGCGUCCCAUGGCCAGAAAUUAUUAAAAUUUUUAGAGAAGAGUGGUUCCUUCUUUUAGUAUGAGUUUCACCGCUUAACUAGUCUUUAAAUAUUACUUUGCAGGAGUGUAUUUGACUUCCAUGAGCCCAAGCAAUAGCACAGAGAAGAUAAUCCUCAACAACUACGACGACAGAGUGGGGAUUGUAGACAGGCCGACUGUGAGGGCCAAAGUACAAUAUGCAGUCGAGGUCCAAGUGGACAGUAAUGAAGUGGAGAAAGUAUCCGACGACCGCGACGUGUACUUGUACAGCGGUGAUCUUGACCUUAAUAAACAUGAGCAUAAAAUCCAAAAAAAACACUAAGAAUAGGUUUGCCUACCCUUAGCCAGAGUUUCUCAACUUGUUGAGAGAGCUCUUUUCACAAUAGUCUUUCCUUAGCAACCAAGCAAGUGACUGUACAUUUAAAGGGGCAAUGUCACAAGGAUAGUGCUGUUUUUAGGUCAAUUCUGUGCUAUUUUAACCCAUUCACAAAAUUUUCCUUAAGAGUUAUAAAGAUAUCGAACAAAUUUCACCAGGGAAAACAGACCAUAAAAGUUUAUAUUUUAAUCAUUUUAAUACUUUUGCAAGCAUAGCUUUAAAUCUUGGCCCAAUUUUAAGCUUUCAUCUAUGUCCACCCUUGCCGUCCGUAUCAAAAAAAGACAGGAAACAGUUUCAAUGAUUGAAUGAAGUCUUGAAUAACAAAACCGGACAAUUAUUUUUGGAGUAAGUUCGUGCAAAAAAAGGUUUUAAGCUUUUUAACUAGUAACAAAAAGUGGGACAUAGCCCCUUUAAGUAAUCACUAUCGUUUUGUUCUUUAGGGACGUAAUUUCACUUUGUUGAAGUUUUUUGUUAUCGCUUUGGUUAUGUUUAUUUGAAACAUCUCGAAAAUAACAGUACAAUAAAAUGUGAGC